CCUACUCACAAAUGUGAAUUUCAUGAGAGUUUAAGCUUCUGUUUCCAUUACAAAACGCUUCUCUCAUAUUACUAGUUUCCAGAAAGAAAGAAAGGAAAAAAAAUGGCUUUGAUUGCAGAGGCUUUUCUCUCUGCUUCCAUCCAGACGCUGUGCGACAAGAUUGGUUCUGGCGAGUUGAUGGACUUCUUCCGGGGAAAAAAACUUGACUAUUCACUCCUGAAGAAACUGAAGCGGACGUUUCUGGCCCUUGAUGCAGUGCUUGGUGAUGCAGAGGAGAAGCAGAUGGAGAAUCGCCGUGUGGAAAAGUGGCUUGACGAGCUCAAACAUGCUGUCUUCGAAGCCGAGGACCUGCUGGAUGAGAUCGAUACUGAAGUUUUGCGAAGCAAGGUGGAAGCUGAAUAUCAAACGAAGAAAACCCAGGUGUGGAACUUCCGCUCUACUCUUAAUCCUUUUUAUGAGGGCUUGGAUGGUAGGAUUCAAGAGUUACUUGAAGAACUAGAAAACCUUGCACAACAGACAUGUGUGCUCGGUCUCAGAGAAGGUGUCAGGGGCAAGCUUUCACAAAGAACUGCCACAACUCCCUUCGUUGAGCAUGAAUUCUGUACUUAUGGUAGGGAUGAAGAUGAAGCGAAGUUGAAAACACUGCUGCUAUCUGAUGAUGGAAGGGGCGGCAAUACAUCUGUAAUCCCCAUAUGGGGAAUGGGAGGAGUUGGUAAGACAACCCUUGCUCAACUCCUUUACAAUAAUGACGGGGUGAAAGAGCAUUUCGAUGUUCGAGCUUGGGCGUGUGUCUCCGAAGACUUUGAUGCUGUUGGGGUCACUAAAACCCUUGUUCAGUCAAUUGCUUCAAAACCCUGCGAUACGUCAGAUAUGAGCUUGCUUCAAGUUGCUCUUAGGGAACAACUAACGGGGAAAAGGUUUCUACUUGUGUUGGAUGACCUUUGGAAUGACGAUUAUAAUGAUUGGAGUGUUCUACAAGCUCCUUUCACUUAUGGGGCGAGGGGAAGUAAGGUCAUUGUGACAACAAGGAACGAAAGUGUUGCAUCCAUCGUGCACACUGUUCCUAUUCACUCUUUAAAACAAUUGUCGCCUGAUGAUUGUUGGUUGUUACUUGCAAAACAUGCUUUUAGAAAUGAAAACGCAAGUGCACAUCCAGACUUGGAAGAAAUUGGUAAAAAAAUUGCACGUAAGUGCAAUGGUCUGCCUUUAGCUGCGAAAACACUUGGAGGUCUCUUAAGUUGCAACAUGGACUACAAGAAAUGGAAUCAUAUAUUGAAUAGCAAUCUUUGGGAGCUACCACAAGCAAAUAGUAUUCUUCCAUCUCUAAGAUUGAGUUUCCAUUACCUCCCUCCUUAUUUAAAACAAUGUUUCGCUUAUUGCUCAAUUUUUCCAAAGGACUAUGAAUUUGAGAAGCAUACUUUGGUUCGACUUUGGAUGGCUGUGGGUUUAAUUUCACAAGCUGACGGCGGGGCAAGAAUGGAGGAGGUUGGAGAGAACUAUUUGAAUGAAUUAGUAUCACGAUCACUAAUUCAAAGAUCAAGAACUGAGGAGCCUGGAUUCACAAUGCAUGAUCUCGUUAAUGACUUGGCUGUGUUCGUGUCUAGAGAAUUUUGUUUUCGGAUGGAUGAGGAAGGAUCAUAUGAAGUUCCUAAAAGAGUUCGACAUUUGUCGUAUGCGAAAGGAGGAUUUGAUGCUGCUAAAAAAUUUCAGCCAUUAAAUGGAGUUAAAUAUUUGCGCACCUUCUUACCCAUGUCUUUAAGGAAGUCAAAUUGGGGUUAUGUAAGUAGUAAGGUUCCGAAUGAUUUGUUGCCAACACUAAAAUGUUCACGGGCACUGUCUUUGGCAGGAUAUGAAAACGUCAGUCACUUACCUGAUUGCAUCGGGGGCCACAUACAUUUGCGCUACAUUGACCUCUCUUACACUGCAAUUAAAAGGUUACCAGAUACCGUGAGUGGUCUCUACAAUUUGCAAACUCUAUUGUUGGUAGGUUGUUACUCUCUUGUUGAAUUGCCUGUAGACAUGAGGAAACUGAUUAAUUUGCGCCAUCUUGAUAUUAGAUAUACUGGUAUAAAAGAAAUGCCGGUGCAAAUGGGUAGACUAAAAAGUUUGAGAACACUCACUGGUUAUGUUUUGGGGACAUCUACUAGGUCUGGUGGCAUUGGAGAAUUGGGGGAGUUGCCCAAUCUUGGAGGGGAACUUUCUAUCAUGAAUCUAGAGAAUGUAGUCCAUGUUGUGGAUGCCUUGCGGGCCAAUUUGAAGGAUAAGAAAGAUCUCAAUGAAAUAGAGUUGGCAUGGGGUAGAGAGGAUGCAGAUGAUUCCAUAAAAGAGAGACAAGUACUUGAAAAAUUACAACCUUCUGUAAAUUUGGUGAAACUGACCAUCACAUGUUAUGGUGGAACAAGCUUUCCGAAUUGGUUGGGAGACUCUUCCUUCUCCAACAUAAAAGUCAUGCGCCUCCAAGGUUUUAGUACUUGUUGGGCGUUGCCACCAGUUGGGCAGUUGCCUGCUCUUAAGGAGCUCUAUAUAUACAACAUGAAAUGUAUUAUGAGUAUUGGUGCUGAGUUUUAUGGUGUCAAUGGACUUUCUCUAAUUCAGCCAUUUCGUUGCUUAGAGAAACUGCAAUUUAGUGGGAUGCCAGAAUGGGUAGAAUGGCUGCCAAGUCCGGGUAGAGGUCAAUGUCCAGACUUUCCUCGUCUCGAGGAGCUGGUUUUACAGCGUUGUCCGAAGCUGAGGGGAAACUUGCCGGAUUAUCUUCCUCGCUUGAAAAAACUUGAAGUGUUCGACUGCGGGGUUCUGCAUGAAGGGGCUACUAGGAGUAGGUGGAUACCCUGGUCUCUCAUUGUUAACGCGGAAUCCUUGCGACAAUCUCUUCAGGAUCUGAAAAUAAAUGGAUGCCCUGGUCUCUCGUCGUUACUAGAGACGGAGACGCUGUCCUCGCUUUCCAUGCUUGAUAUUCAAAUUUUUAGUCGCACAGAUUGCUUGCAGCCGCACUUGAGCAGUCGUCUUCAAAAAUUGACUCUCCGUAAUUGCGGGUCCCUCCUGUCGUUCCCUAGAAAUGGUCUACCCACUUCGUUGAAAUCACUUAAUAUAGUUUAUUGCAGGAGAUUAGAAUUCCUAUCUCAUGAGAUGAUGGCCAAAUUGACAUCCCUUCGACGUUUCGAAUUAUGUUGGAGCUGUGAUUCACUGAGGUCCUUCCCGCUGGGCGUUUUCCCCAAACUUUCAUCUCUUUGUCUCGCCGGCAGUAAAAAUCUAGAAUCCCUUUCCAUUGGAGAAGGAGCUGAUGUUGAAAAUGUCACUCAUCUCGAUUCUCUCUGUAUCUAUCAUUGUCCAAAUCUGGUCUCUUUUGCCCACGGGGGGUUGCCCACUCCCAACCUGUCUUAUUUUGUAGUCGAGAGAUGCGAGAAUUUGAAGUUAUUGCCCGAUCGAAUACACACACUCACCGCCCUUCGAUACUUGAGGAUAUCUGGUCUUCCAAAUGUAGAGUCAUUUGCAGAAGGAGGUUUGCCUCCCAACCUACAAUCAUUUCGAAUCGCUGAUUGUGGGAAACUGAGGCCUUCAGUGGAGUACUGGGGUUUGCAACGACUUGUCUCCCUUCGAACAUUUCAGAUCGAGGGAAGCGAGGAUGUGUUGGAGACGGUGCUCAAGGAACAGCCGCUCCCUACCACUCUUCUCACUCUCGAAAUCUAUGGAAUGAAAAGUCUGAAAUCUUUGGAGGGAAAGGGACUUCAACACCUCACUUCUCUUCAAGACCUCUUAAUUUCCCGCUGUGAUAGUCUCGAAUUCCUGCCAAAAGAGGGUUUGCCGGCAUCGCUAUCUUAUCUGAGCAUCGGCACAUGUCCUUCUCUGAUGAAGAGGUGUCAGGAGAAGACGGGAGAAGAGUGGAGCAAGAUAGCUCGCAUUCCUUGCAUCCAGUUAGACGGCCAAGUCAUCAUUUGAGAUCUAAAGUCAAAUUCAGGACCAAUAUGAACUCUAUAUCUCCACUUGGUAUGGAAGUCUGCCUUACUCGUUUGUUAUUUCAAGGUUGUUCUUUGAGAACCCUACAAUACGGCCAUUGUUUUCAGGAGUUCAGUGUAGAUGUUGCAAACAGGUUUAGUGGAGAUAUAAAAAAAAUUGAAGGGCGCAUUCUGGCCCAUUUCAGCAUGAUCAACCAGGGAAUUUUUUCUUGAGGGCAGCACGUGCUGCUAAAUUUAUUGAUAGAUCAAGUGUAAAUGAAGACAGCUUGCGUCUGCUAAGGCUACUUUGUCACAGCUUGUGAACAUCUUAUUCUCCUAGAAGCUGAUCCGAAGGAAUUAAGAGAUUACAUCAUUCUUCUCUACCGUUGUGGGCUUUAUUAGCAAUCACUUGAAUAUCUAAAGUUGUAGCAUGACAAAAAGGAUCAUCCACUACGGAGGCGACUGUCUGAUUCAUUAGCUGUUUUGGUGGAUGAUGCCACAGAGAAAUUGAUGAUACGCCUUAACCUAUUUUUGAUGGAGGAUGGUUGGAGCAGGCCGUCGUAUGUUGAAAAUUUUCUUGUUGAUUCGACCACAUCAUCAAUGGGUUGGAAGGCUGGAAUAUUGGAUGGUUGGAAGAGUCAACCGGCACAUGGACAAAAGCGGUGCUAGUAAGGUGCCUAUUAUCUGCUUUUGAUACUUUAACUUUCAAGUGCUGCAGGGGUACUGCACCUCACUUCUCUCCAAUAGCUUGAAAUUAGAAGCUGUGAUAAUCUCAAAUUCCUGCCAAAAGAGGGUUUGCCAGCGUCGCUCUCUUGUCUGAGCAUCCAGAAUUGUUCUUUUCUGGAGAACAGGUGUCGGGAGAAGACAGGAGAGUAGUGGAGCAAGAUAGCUCACAUUCCUUGCAUCGAGAUAGGCGACCAAGUCAUCAUUUGAGAUCUCAACUCGAAGUCAGGACACUAUCAUCCAUGAGCAACAGGUGUUGCUUGCAUAAAUUACUGUGUACAGUGUACAAUACCAAGUGCCAGUAUGUUUUUGUACAAAACACAAUGUGUGAAUUUGGCUAGCUGCUGCACUCUUACAGAUUUCACCGACUAUCUUUUCUAGAUGAGGUAUCAAAAGGAUUGAGCUCGAGUUGAAUCAAUAUUCAAUAGCGAUGAGAAGAAAGGAUUAAACACGAUUUUUCCCAAUUUGAUGUGGAAUUAACGGGAGUUGGAGAAAACCAGUGAAGGUAAAACUCUGUGGAUUCUUCUGUUUGUUUCUAAUUCUUAUGACGGACUUUGAUAUUCUGCAUUUGGAACUUAGAAUCAAGGUUCUAACUUGUUACCACUUUGAUUGGCUGGACAAAUAUGAAUAAAUUAAGAAAAGAGAAAUAAGUCACAAGAUUCCUCUUCUAAUUUUAUUUUUGGGUUUCCGAAGGACCAAUGCGAGGCAUCACUCUGAACCAUGAGCUCUAUAUCUCCGCUCGGUUUUGACACAUUGUUCAGGAUCACCUGCAAUUCUUUUGCUCAUAUAGUUGGAAAUUUUGAAAAUGCUUCUCUUAUGCUUUUUGGAUUUCGAUGCGGAGAUGUUCUUCAUAGUCUUCCCAGAGGUUAUCAUAAACAGUAAAGCAAGGAAUCUGAUAAUGUACACAUAAUGAUUUCGCAAGCCAUUUUAGUGGAGAUUAUUUACAGGUCCUCGCAUUUUGAAAGUAACUUAUUCUGGCCAUUUUAGCAUGAUCAACCGGGGAAUUUGUUCUUGAGGGCAGCACAUGCUGCUAACUUUAUUGAUAGAUAAAACAUAAAUAAGGACAGGUGCCGGUAUGUUUUUGUACAAACACAAUGUGUGAAUUUGGCUAGCUGCUGCACUCUUACAGAUUUCACCGACUAUCUUUUCUAGAUGAGGUAUCAAAAGGAUUGAGCUCAAGUUGAAUCAACAUUCAAUAACGAUGAGAAGAAAGGAUUAAACACGAUUUUUCCCAAUUUGAUGUGGAAUUAACGGGAGUUGGAGAAAACCAGUGAAGGACCAAUGCAAGGCAUCACUCUGAAUCAUGAGCUCUAUAUCUCCUCUCGAGAUAUUCUUCAUAGUCUUCCCAGAGGUUAUCAUAAACAGUAAAGCAAGGAAUCUGAUAAUGUACACAUAAUGAUUUUGCAAGCCAUUUUAGUGGAGGUGAUUUACGUUAUCAGGUCCUCGCAUUUUGAAAGUAACUUAUUCUGGCCAUUUCAGCAUGAUCAACCAGGGCAUUUGUUCUUGAGGGCAGCACAUGCUGCUAACUUUAUUGAUAGAUAAAACAUAAAUAAGGACAGCUUGUGGACAUCUUAUUCUCCUCGAAGCUUAUCCGAAGGAAUUAAGAGAUUAUAGCAUUCUUGUCUACCAUUGUGGAUUUUAUGAGCAAUCACUUGAAUAUCUAAGGUUGUAGCUGGACAAAAAGGAUCAUCCACUACAGAGGCGACUGUCUGAUUCAUUUAACUGUUUUGGUGGAAUAUGCCGCAGAGAAAUUGAUGAUACGCCUUAUCCUAAUUUUGAUGGUUGAUGGUUGGAGCAAGCUGUCGUAUGUUAGAAAUUUUCUUGUUGAGUCGACCAGACCAUCAAUAGAUUGGAAGGCCGGAAUAUUGAAUAGUUGGAAUAAUCAACUGGCAAAAUGGACAACAGCGGAGCUAGUAAGGCAUCUUGUGAUACUUUUAACAUUCAGGUUGUGGUAUUCACAUGGAUAUGAUCCUAGCUAAAUUAUCCCCUAGUUAGUGAGGGAAUAAUUAACGAGGGUUUUGUCAAUAUGUCACAUAGAGAAAACAGCGGAACGAUGUUUAACAUCUUCCCUUGAUGUCACCGGCAUCUUGGAGUGGGUUGAAGAGAGCAGUGGUGACGAUGACCACACACAAAAAUGAGAGCACGGUUUCCUUGCAGUGGGUCGUCAAUCACAGAGGCAAGGCAACCAUCUGAUUCAUUAACUGUUCUAGAGGAAGAUGCCGUGGAGAAAUUGAUGAUACGGUGUAGCUUACUUUUGGUCGAGGAGGGUUGGAGCAGGCCGUCAUAUGAUAGAAAUUUUCUUGGCAUGAAUGGGCGAGGAGCCAGAGGCCCUCCAGAACUUGGUUGCGAACAAUGAAGAGAACUUGCAGGUCCCCCAGACUCCUGAAAGCAAUGAAUAAAACGCCCUAGACCCUGCGAAAGCAUUGAAGAAAACAUGGAGCUCAUGUCCUGAAACUAAUUAGAGUUUUUAGCCAUCAGAAGACAAAGUAGGUUUACAUCCAAUUUCCUACUUCGGAUUUCUGUGUGUGGCACUGCCCUCGGAGGACGAAGCCAUCUUCAGAAGUUGGCCAACUUCUGAAUAGUUGGAUCAUAAGUCUGGGGAAGUGAUUCGUGCACACCCUUGAUCUUCCCGCACGCUCCCUGCUUGUUUUUGACUUUUGGAUCGAAACAGUCAAAAGAUAAUCAAUCAAGGAACAUAAUCAUAAGUGUGUUCAGAACGAGAAAAUUCGUGUGUGAAUAUUUUUCUUUUUGUUUUGAAGUUAAUACGUUUUGAUGUCUAGUAUUGUAAUUUCCGAAGACAUUUUGGUAUGAGCUUUGUUUUUAAGUUAAUACGUUUUGAUGUCUA